AAAAGAGCGUCCCCCACAUGAGUAUCCCUAUAUUUUGUGUUCCAAAAAACUGUCUAGUAAAAUAAUCGAGAAAUAAGUACCCGAGCAGCUAGUACGCGAACUCCAUGGUCGCUAAUCUGUGCAUAUUCUGUUUAGAUGAGCAGAAGUUUCCACACCGGAUAUCCUGCGGUCAUUCCUUCUGCGCGGAGUGCUUCGAGAAAUUCUUGGAGUUGAGUCGGGAUUCGCGAUGUCCACUAUGUAGACGUGACUUCCAUCCUCCUCCUCCUCCGCCUGAAGAUUUUGAAGAAGAUCCGGAGCUUAUAGUACCGCGUCGUGAACUUGAAAUGGACACGCUGGCGCUGACCCUUACCGAACAGGAGUGCCGCUUCUUCGAGCAGCUCUUCCGGGAGGUCCAACUGACAAGAGGUGGGCAAUAGAUGGAGAAGGAAGACCCCGCCAAGGAUCUGUGAUUCAUAUUUUAUUUAUAUUUUAAGAUAUAUUUAUGAUUUGUCUACGCUAAAAAUCUUUCUGAUUUUUCUUGCAAAGUGUUAUGGCUCAGAUGACUUGAAUGCCGGUGGCCACUUUUGUCU